AAACCUCGUUUCUAUAAAGGAAGUUUUCAUUUGCUCGUUCGGGCGGCUUGAACCAAUGAAAAUGCCCGAUACAUAAUCAUCUUGGCUUAAGUUGCAAAAUGGCGACCGCCUGCUUGCGGUCUGCAUUGCGUCUAAAUAAAGGCAUUUAUAUAAAAGAUUCAGUUCUACGUGUAUCACUUUACCAGCCAGCAACAUGUAAUCCUGUCAGUGCAGUUGGUCAGAUCAUUGUUUUGAGACAUGGAUCAUUCUUUAACAAAAAAAAUGCAGAUGCAAUGUGGGAUAGUGCCACUGGUGUAAGUAAUGCUGGGCGUAAAAGAGGUCGUGCCAGUCGUGGAAAACUUCUCCGCAGAGUGAAUUUGAAUUUUGGACAGAGAAUGGGUCUUGGUAAAACUGGUCUUGUCUUCCCUGGUUUGUCUUCACGUAUUACUGGGGACGAAAAGGCAACUGAUCUCGGAGUACGCAAAACAGAAGUGACAGAUGAAGGAACCGCGGAAGAAGGAAGUAAAAUUCAGAAGAAAAAGGUUACACAGAAAAUAGAUAUUUUGGACAAAGGUUUCAGUGGAAAUAAGAUGCCAGGGAAAAAAAUAAGUCCACCAGAACCAAUUGACGGCUAUGAUUUUUCCGACUUUGACACAUACGUCUUAGAGACUAAAACAGUAUCAACUGUAACAGCAAGUCAAGGAAACAUAAGAAGUGCCUCAGUUCUUGUUGCGAUUGGUAACAGAAAAGGAUUAUUUGGUAUUUCUCUUGGUAGAGGCUCCCAUCUAGGUGCUGCAAUAAAUUCGGCAAAAAAUAAAGCAACCCAGAAGUUGGUCUAUAUUGAUAUAUAUGAUGGUCAUACACCCAUGCACAACUUUGCUGAGAAAUUUCAUGCCACAUCAGUGAUAGUAUACCAAGCACCUAAAGGUCAUGGGUUACGGUGUCAUCAUGUUCUGAAGAUUUUAUGCCAGCUGAUUGGGAUCAAAGAUAUAUACAUCAAAUCUGAGGGAAAUGUCCGAAAUUAUCUCAAUCUUUCUAGGGCUUUCAUGACUGGGUUGCUAAGAACAAGAAAUCAUCAAGAUAUUGCAGAUGAACUUGGUCAUCAUAUAGUUGAGUAUCGUGCAGAAAAAGACAAUUAUCCAUUUAUUGUGGCGUCCCCAUCAGAAAAUGCUAAAACCACAGAGUUCCAAAAAGAAGAUGGAUUUGAAUUUGAGAAUUAUUGCUUUAACAAUAGAUUACCACUGAGUAAACCAAGUAAAAAGCCAUUUUAUUGGAAGUCAGCAGCGUUUAAAAAAAAGCUUGCAAAGGACUAUACGCGGAGGAACCAGCCGAAAGCAAUGAUUAACCGAAUGGUUCUUGGACUGCAACCGGAAUUUAAAAGAUUAAAAUGAGUUGAGAAACUGUGAACUCUGUUAUUAGAAGAAAGAAAUAUUCUCAAAUAUGCAUGUAAAAAAACAUCCUUGAGAGAGGCCAAAAGUGAUCUUCUUCAAUUACAAGUUGAAAUAAAAUGUAUAUACAUGUAUUGAUAUCAGAAUCGACAUUUGUGGUCAGAGCCAGGUGGUCUCUGGUUGCAGGUUUGACUGUAUGAGGGAUAUAGUAAAAUAAAUGAGCACGAUAACAUUACUUAUUAAUCUUAUGAAGAAUGAUUAUUGUAAAAUUAAGUAUAAAGGUGUGAAUAUAAAUUGUUUGGUACAAUUCUUAUUAAAGGUUAUGAAAAGUU